GCAGAUUUUAGUCAGCAGCUACCAGGGUUGAAGUCAAAUGGCCAAAACGCUUCGACCAGUUUCUUCGGCCUUCCCCGUCACAGCGUGGGCGUGGUCGGGGUUUUGCCUCCAGGAUUCCAGCUAAGACAGCGUCACGAGUCCCUCCGCGUUCAGCCUGUGGACCUAGUUCAUCGCAGCCGCAAGAGGGGCCUUCACAGCAACCCCGAAAAGGCUUCCCACGGACGACGACAAAGCGAGAGAACUUCUCGGCAGCCAGGCCGUAAAGAGGUCAGUGUCCAGUCUACACAUUACGAGCUUACAUGGACGCCACUCCGGGGGCUGGAAUAGAGGCCUUAUUUGUCCGACCUAGCACGCUCAAGCCAUUGUCUACGUCUGCACUUGCUACAGUAAUACGUAACGUCAUCUUCAGAGCAGAGCCUGUAGUCAAGCCCAAGGCGCAUGACGUACGGAAGAUAGCGGCUAUUCUUGCCUUUCUUCAGACACCCUCUCUGGAGCGGAUCCGGGAACUUGGGCAGUGGAAGUCGUGUGUCUCCUUUGUAAGAAGAUACUUAGCACAUGAUAUUCCAGACAGUGAUCCAGUGGCUAUGGGGUUUUUCCAAAUCCUGCCUGUCCGGGCGCAACAGGCGAUGUGUAGAACACGAAGAGGCUCCGGGCGAUGGGUAGAACACGAAGACGCUCCUGGUCCUGCUCCAGGGCAUCUUCUACAUAGUGAUUCUUUUGGGUACCACCUUUAGACCAAUAAAUGCACUGUUUUGGGAAAA